ACAGAUCGGAAAUAACAGAAAGUAUCAAGGACGCACAUGUGAUAUAUUCUCACAAGUUAGUAGUAGAUCGGAGAGUAUCGUGCACAAGGCCAAACGGUCGUGUGUCGUCGAGAGAGACGAAGAAAGAGGAUGGUGAGAGAAGUGGCGGAGAGCUGUGUAGACACUAUGUUGAUGGAGAUGGUGGCGAUGUACAGCGGCCGAUUCUACGCUAACAAGCCGGAACUCGCCGCUCGGAGGAUCGAGGCCAUUGGUUAUCAGGUCGGCCACCAGCUCUCCGAGAGAUACACUAUGGAAAGACCAAGGUUCAGCGACCAUCUAGAGGCAAUCAAGUUUAUCUGCAAAGACUUCUGGUCUGAGGUCUUCAAGAAGCAGAUAGAUAAUCUGAAGACAAAUCACCGGGGUACUUUUGUAUUGCAAGACAACAAAUUCCGAUGGCUAUCUCGUGUCUCAAUUGACCCUUCAUCUGAGAAGGAAACAGAAGAUCCGUCUACUCCAGGGGAAAGCAAAGCAGCACAAGCGGUGAGCAUGUACCUGUAUUUCCCUUGUGGAAUCAUAAGAGGUGUCCUCUCCAACUUGGGGAUACCUUGUGCUGUCUCUGCAGACAUAUCGAGCCUUCCCACUUGCUCUUUCGUGAUUCGGGUCAAGGCUUGAUUCUGCAUUAGCCCGAGUCCUCAACUUCAGAUUCAGUCCCGGCUCUAACCUCUAAUCUGGCUGAUAGGAUGGAUCUUCGGGUUUCGCUGAUGAGAUCUUUGGCUCUCUUUGGUUCUACAUUUGAUUUAAUUUUUUUUUCUCGUUUCGUUUCUUAAUAUUGAACAUAUUGUAUGCUUCUUAUACAUUUGUAAGAUAAUUUAUAGUGUUUGCAGUUUGACAGUAAAAAUGAGUUAAAAAUAA